AAAACCCACCCGUUGCAGAGUAAAAGACGAAGCUAUUUUUCGUCUUCUGAUUCUGACCCCUAUAAUGCUCUUUUGAAUUCCGCGCCACCAUUUCGGCUUCGUCUCCACUGGUCUGCUCUCUCUCUUCUCCACUAGAUUCUGCAGACAAAGGUUAAUUGAAGUGAAACUUUGUUGGCAUGGCUGAUUCGUCAAGGGAUGAUUUCGGAAAUACACUUCGAGUACUUGUUGCCACGGACUGCCAUCUGGGCUAUAUGGAGAAGGAUGAAAUACGUCGGCAUGAUUCAUUUCAGGCAUUUGAAGAGAUAUGCUCAAUAGCAGAGCAAAAGCAGGUGGAUUUCUUGCUCCUUGGCGGUGACCUUUUCCACGAGAAUAAGCCCUCAAGGUCAACAUUAGUGAAAGCCAUUGAGAUUCUGCGUCGUCAUUGUCUUAGCGAUCGACCGGUGCAGUUCCAAGUUGUCAGUGACCAGACAAUGAACUUUGCAAACUUGUUUGGUCAUGUAAAUUAUGAGGAUCCUCACUUCAAUGUUGGCUUGCCGGUGUUCAGUAUUCAUGGAAAUCAUGAUGAUCCUGCUGGAGUGGACAACCUUUCUGCAGUUGAUAUCCUUUCUGCAUGCAAUCUUGUGAACUAUUUUGGGAAAAUGGUUCUUGGAGGUUCUGGUGUCGGGCAGAUCACUGUCUAUCCCAUACUCAUCAGGAAGGGUUCAACAUCUGUAGCUCUGUAUGGCCUUGGAAAUAUUAGAGAUGAACGGCUUAAUAGAAUGUUUCAGACGCCACAUGCUGUACAGUGGAUGCGACCUGAAGCUCAAGAAGGCUGUCAAGUAACAGACUGGUUCAACAUUCUAGUACUUCAUCAGAACAGAGUGAAGACAAAUCCUAAAAAUGCCAUAAACGAGCAUUUUUUGCCACGGUUCAUGGACUUCAUUGUGUGGGGGCAUGAACAUGAAUGUCUUAUUGACCCUCAGGAAGUUCCAGGUAUGGGUUUCCACAUUACUCAACCAGGUUCUUCUGUGGCAACAUCGCUAAUUGAUGGAGAAUCAAAGCCGAAACACGUACUUCUUUUAGAGAUCAAGGGAAAUCAAUAUCGUCCAACCAAGAUACCUUUAAACUCAGUGAGGCCUUUUGAAUAUACUGAGUUAGUAUUAAAGGAUGAAUCCGACAUUGAUCCUAAUGAUCAAAAUUCAAUUCUUGAACAUUUGGACAAAGUGGUCAGAAAUCUGAUAGACAAGUCUAGCCAAAAGGGUACUAACAGUUCAGAGGUCAAGCUUCCAUUAGUCCGAGUAAAGGUUGAUUACUCUGGAUUUAUGACAAUAAAUCCACAAAGGUUUGGGCAAAAGUAUGUGGGGAAGGUUGCAAAUCCCCAGGAUAUUCUUAUAUUCUCAAAAGCUUCAAGAAAAGGUCAAAGUGAAGCUAAAUUCAAUGAUUCUGAACGGCUUCGACCGGAAGAAUUAAAUCAACAAAAUAUAGAGGCUUUGGUUGCUGAGAAUAAUUUGAAAAUGGAGAUUCUUCCAGUUAAUGAUUUGGAUGUUGCAUUACACAACUUUGUUAACAAGGACGACAAAAUGGCUUUCUAUUCUUGCUUGCAGUAUAAUCUUGAAGAAACACGUAAUAAAAUUGCUCGGGAUGCAGAUACUCUGAAGGUUGAAGAGGAAGAUCUGAUUCUCAAAGUUGGGGAAUACUUAGAGGAACGUGUGAAGGCAAGGUCAGUGCGUUCUAAGGAACCUGCACAGUUCACUUCUAGUGCACAGUCCUUAGAGGACAUUAUGAGUAAAAGUGCUGGAGGAAUUGGAAGUGCGGUUUCCUUCAGUGAUGAUGAGGAUACUGCUCCAUUCUCAAGUUCGAAGUCUACUGCUAGAGGCAAGAAAGGUUCAUCGGUACCUUUCAGGUCCUCCCAUGAUACUCCAGAAGUGGGUAAGACUUCUUCGAGAGGAAGAGGAAGAGGCAGGGGCAGAGGAAGAGGCAGGGGCAGAGGUAGGGGUUCUAGCAACUUAAAGCAGACAACUCUUGAUGCAGCCAUUGGGUUCCGCCAAUCACAGAGAUCUGCAUCAGCUGCUGCAACAGCUUCAGUUCAAAGUAUCGCUGAUGAUGAGGAUAAUGUGGAUUCUGGUUCAAGUGAUGAAGCAGCGAAAAAUGCAUUAGAUGAGGUCAAUGACAGUUCGGACAAUGAUGGAAGUGUUCGAGGCAAAGGACGCAAAAGAGCUGCUCCAAGGGGAAGGGGUAGAGGUUCUACAACAUCUAAGCGGGGAAGAAAGUCAGAUAAUACUUCAUCUUCUAUUCAUAAAAUGCUCGCAAGCAAGGAUGAUGAAGAUGAUGAUGAUGAUGAUGACAUGCCAAGGAGAGUAAACAAGUCUCAAACACGGGUAACAAGGAAUUAUGGUGCUUUAAGAAGGUAACCACCCUGGCGGUUUCAUGUUCCUUUUGCAUGGUUUUGUAUGGAUUAUAGCGCUUCUGAGGAGUCAUUUUCUUUGCGUUUUCUGUGUGAUAAGAACAGUAUAUUGAUGUAUGUAUUUUAGGACUGGGAACAAUUUUGUUAAGCAUCGAUUUAUAACAUCUGUACACAUUUCUCACCAGAGAAACUUGUAAAGAAAUAAUGUUAAUGGCCUGAUUGUCGACGUUUUUUUCCAGAGA